UUGGGAUGGGGCCGAAACAACAUAACUUCCUUCCCUUAGCAACAGAAUCAAGAUGGCGGCGUCCAGUAACGCAGAACAUUCUCCGGAGGUAACGACGCCGUUAAAGAUACUGAAAAUGGAGGUGCCAUCUCCAGAAUCGGAGGAUUUAAGCGACAGUAAUCAGUACCACUCCAACCCUUCCACGCCGAACCGCUUUUCGCCUCUCAACGUGGGCUCCGGGCCGUCGGGUCGGACGGCGGCCUCGUCCUCUUCCUCCAGCAGCUUCACUGCGUGCCGGGGGAUGUCGUGGACUCCGGCCGAGACCAACGCUCUGAUCGCGGUGUGGGGCAACGAGAGACUGGCCGAGGCGAGGAUCCAGCAGCUGGAGGUGGCCGGCACCGUGUUCUCCGGGAAGGCCCCGGGUCCUGCCAUGUACGAGCGGGUCUCCAGAGCCCUGGUGGAGCUGGGCUACGAGAGGACCCCGUCCCAGUGCCGAGAGAGGAUGAAGACACUACGACGAUGCUACAGCCGAGUGAAGGAACACGGCAUCGGCAAAAGGAAGAGCAGCUACACGAUCGAGCAGCUGGAGAAGGUGUUUGGCCAGGGAGGCUGGGACGCCCAGGGCUGUGCUCCGGUGCUGAUCAACAGCAGUGGGCUGUAUCAGGAGAUGGAGUCUGAUGGCAGCACACUGGAGGACUUCUCCCAGGAGGACUGGUGCAACCAGGUGCUGGACUCAGCGUUCCAAGAAGGAGACAUGGAGACCGAGGAAAUCCAGGUGCCGAUAAGCCAAGUUCUACAGAUUCGAGCACAACUGUCACAACAAAUGCAGAAAAGGGACAUGAUGCAGACUGUGAUACAUAUCCUUGAGUCUGUGCAGCUUAAAUGGGAGCCCUUCCAGACAUGGACUGAGUUCUCACGACUACACCUGUCCAAUAAACUCGCCAUCUUUGGUGUGGGCUACAACACCCGCUGGCGUGAAGACGUGCGUUACCACUAUGCUGAAAUCAGCUCGCAGGUGCCAUUAGGCAAGCGGCUUCGCGAGUACUUCAACCCAGAGAGGCCUGAGGGCCGGAUCAUCAUGACCAAAGUUCAGAAGAUGAACUGGAAGAAUGUCUACUACAAGUUCUUGGACAUUACCAUCAGUGAGGCGCGUUGCCUGGAGCUGCACAUGGAGGUGGACUGGAUCCCUGUCACCCAGUCUAAGGUGACAGGCUGUAACAAAGGAAUAUCGCACUACCUCCUUCCUGGGGACGUCCCCAAGUCACAUGGUCUGUAUGCUAUUGGUUGUGAGGUGGCCUCAUGCUCUAAUGACACUGCACAGACCACCUCCCAGAGUCAUAGUCGAGACCAUAGCUUACAUCAGUGCAAGCAAGAGAAUGGAGCACCAAGCCAGGCAGAUGUUGAAGGAGCAGCAAAAGGUGACACAACUGGAGCCAAAGUCUCUUAUUGCUACCUGGGCAUCGCUGAGGAUAGGACCAUACAGCAGUGUCUCUUCCAGCACUUUCAGGGUUCCAGCAAGCACUCUGUCCACAGGGAACCCUCAGGUAUCACCCGGUUCCUGCAGGAAAACUGUCGCAGCGGUAUCAAAAGCCAUGAUGGCAAAGGAGAUGAAGGUUCAUCUCAGCUUUUGGCCAUUUACAUUAAAUUCAUUGAGGUGGAUCUGGACUUCCUGUCUGCAGGCUCCCUGGUGGAGUGCCUUGAAAAUGCCAUUGGUUAUUCUUUAAAAUACAACAAAGAAACACUGUAAUUAUUACUUCAAUGUUUUUGGACUAUUGCUAUAAUUACCGCCAAUGGGGCAACAUGAAAGGUGACCAGUUCUGUCCGUUGCAAAGCAUGGAUGUGUAACAGAUAUGGUUUAGCAGCCUUUUCUGCUCUCUGUAAUUGUCAUUCAAUUUUUCAUUUGUUAAUCAAGAGAAAUAAGAAAGAAGGUGCACAAGAUGGCAAAUAUAAUGUGCUCAAAAAGUGGGAAAAGAAGCUAAACAGCUAAAACAAAUGUGCAAAAUUGUUUUGGGCCAAAAAAAAAGUGCACUAUAAAGGUUGCGCUGCUUGUUUAAGAUUGUCGAUCAGUGCUGCCUCAGUGAGUGUGUGUGGUCAGCGGUGGGACUACUGCAGUAUGUAUCUGUCUACCUCAGUAGAUUGUAGCAAACAAGGCAGCAAGGGAACCAUAGUUUAUUUUUCAUAAACGGCCUUUAUGUUGAAUGUCAAGGUUUGGACCUGAAUCCACAAACGAUCGCAAGGCACAAACAUUCUUCAAUUUCACUGCGCGAUGUAAUUUCAAGCGUGUCAUCUUGACACAUUUGCCUGCAUAUCUUAAAUUUGUCCACCAGGGACAGAUUAGAAUUUAAUAAUUUCUCAACCUUCCCAGCGUGGCAGCUUAGUCAGCAAGGGUUCAGUUAAGGAUUAUACAUUCUAAGGAUGCUACAAUCAUGUUGAAAGCUUACACAUUAUCCUGUCUUUACAGCAAUAGUUUGCACCAUCUGUUUUAUUUGUGGUGGUGUAAUGGACCAUAGUUGAUCCAUGAUUCCCCAAGCGAACAGUUUGGCACAUAUGACCUGUGGUUUAAUUGCAAAGCUUAAGUAGUAAAUCCCUUUGGCUGCUCCCUUGUUUUCAGUUAGGGUCACCACAGCAGAUCCUAGGUAGAUCUGCAUGUUGAUUUGACACAGGUUUUAGGCCAGAUACCUUUCCUGAUGCAACUCCACAUUACAUGGAGAAAUGUGGCAGGGGUUGAACCAGGAACCUUCCACACUGAAAGUCCAAGUCCACCACCCCUGCAACAGCAAAGCUUAAAUAAUAGUGUGUAAUACUGACUUAUUGUCAUAGUGACUUGUUUUUAAAGUAAUAUCUGUUUAACUGUUGAUGCUGAGUUGCGGCUUUGUGUUCAUGUGAAUGGACCAUAUUAAUUGCAGACUGUGUCUGCUGCUUUGCACUUGGAUUAAAACAGCCCGGUGCAAGAUUGCUAAACACUGGGAUCCAAGCACGGAAAGAAUCAUUCUCAAAUAUAAGGAGUUAAGAAUGGAGGGUGUACACUGCAUUUUCCCUGUGCCGUCCUGAGCUGAGCGUGGGUGAGGCCGAGGUGGCUGGUAGUCCAUUGUUCUCCCGGCAGUGUGGGAGUUGGAGACAACUUUUCCUGGCCUUUGACAAGUGGCAUACCAAGCUGAAGGUGCAUGUGGCAAUCAGAUGAGGUGCAGUGAGCUGUGCCUGGCAUCUCAGUACCUACCAAAGGUGUUCUAUUAAGCUUUAAAACAUUAUUAAAACAUUUGACACUUUGUUUUCAUUCAUUGCCCAUGGCAGUGUGGAAAGCAAAGUUAUUUGUUUUUUCUGAUCUGAAAAAAGAUUGGAUCUGUGACUAAAAGCAGUGAUCUGAUCCAAACUCAGAGUUUUGUGAUAUGUUGCACUCUUAUUUGUAGCAAAAAGGGGUGACCAAAAUUGGAAACAGGCUAAAAUAACCUUUUUGGUAUUUUUUAGGUAUUUUUAUGAUCAGACAGAUGUGAUAUACUUUCAACAUGAGGGUCAGGCAGAAGUGAAUCCUUCAACUUCUACCUGGAUCUAGCGGCAACGUACUCUGGAAAGAUUAUCACACAUUUUGGUGUAGAUCGUCAUACACUGAGGCUGGAAUCAAAUGGUUUUGUCACCUUAGGUGGUCCCAGAAAUGAGCCUCAGCUAAUGGUUGACUUGUCUUCUUGGUGAGCUCACUGCUUGACUUACUUUUCACUGUGGAACUGCUUUGUAACAAUUCUGGGCAAGUCCAGUUUUGUUGAAAUUUUCUGCUGUUUUCAUUUUGAAGCUGUUCUUUUUCUUUGUAUUUGCUUGUACUGCCCUCAUGCUUGACAGGAGUAUUGAAGGUUGUAGCUGUGUCACUUUCUUUUUUAGGACAUGUAAAAAAGGGCGUGAAAUGAGCGCAUGAGGUCACAAUGUCACGUCUGUCAUGCAGUCGCGCAUUUAAGAGUAUAUUUGUGCCUUGUGAGGUGUGAGUGGUUAAUUCACGACUUACCUUUUGUACGUUGAACUAGGCUGCAGUUAGGGAUGCUUUAAUGCAAUUAAGUGGCCAAAAGCAACACAUCGUUAUUGGCUGAUAGCUUGCAAAUUGUGUUUAAUUAAUAUGGAUACCUGCUAAUGCUGUUGCAUGGAUGUUUUUGUUUGCAGUAAGUGGAUUAUGUUUUUGUCUGAUAGCAUAUUUACUCAAACUGUUGAACCAAGUUAUAGAAUUCGAUGGACCAAUUACACCUCAGUGAUGAAACAGACAAAGAUCAGGAACUUGCAUUUUGUGAUAGAUUUUUGAUAUGUUUUGUCUUACUGAAAUUGGGUAGACGUGCAUCACAUGACAAAAAUGUAAAAGUGUCUGGAAACAGUGGAGGUGUGGACUCUGAGUUUUGCUGUAGUUCCCUUAGCUUCCUUGUUGACAUUGAAAGAUUUUUAGAGCUUUGAAAUACCUUUUGGCAUGCUAGUGCAGUUCAGGGUUUACAGCUUUGCUCCUAUUUGAGCCAAAUCUGAUGUACAAAAUGGGAAAUAAGUCAACACUCCUGUAGUCUUUGUCUGAUGUUCUAAAAUGUCAUCACAUCAAAGCAGAUGAUAUCUGAGUUGAAUUCGCAGCAUUUGGGGCAGUACUGACCUUAGCUGGAGAAUGAACCUACGAUAGACUGGCAUCCCGCCCAAGCGGAGUCGAAGGCGAUGUCUCAAUUCGGGGGACGUAUCCUUCGAACGCUGCGUUCAAUCACCACCAGAAGAGCAGGCCUUGUGAGAACAGAGAAGCCAAGCCAACAGAUCUGAAAUAAGACUGGAGCAUUUUGCAAUUGCGUCAUUAGCUUAUCCUGUGCCGUCAUGCUGUCAUCUAGCAGCCAUGACAACAGUACAUGACAUGCUAGCAUAAUGGGUGUAACUCAUAGAGUAGUAAUCAUUUUUUAUAUUUAUUCAUAUUCUACUUAUAGACAUCACUUAUGUAUAAUUGUACAUAUGAUGCGUGGAAUUGUUUGGGCUGCGUUGGAUACACCUGUUGCAGCUUUCAUUUUCAGGGGAAAGAAGGUUGCAUUUGCCAUCCACAUUCCAAGUAGCAUUGAACUCAGUUUAUUCUUAGUCUUUUUCUUUAUAUAGUGCCAAAUCCUAGUAUAGGUCAUCCCAAAGUGCUUCACAAGAGUAUGAUCUAUUCAUAGCCAACCCCCAGAGCAAACACAUUGGCAACAGUGGUAAGGGGAAAAACAACCUUGGGCAUUUUUUGAUUGUAGGAAGAAACUCCAAGCAGACCAAACUGCUUUGGCCAAACUGCCAUUAAUAAUAAUAAUAAGAAUAAAGAUUAAUGACUGAUAUGAUUAAACUAAGCAUCCAGGUAAUUAUUAAGUUCAGUGGUAAUAGUAACCAAAUACGUGGUAAAGAUUUUGGACCCAUAAAUUGUGUUCAACACAGUCAGCUGACCGUUAGAGUCCUAAAAACCAUAGCAACUCCCACAGCAUUUCUAAUCCCCCAGUCUUCACAUCGGCACACAACAAGCUCCACAAGAUUCUUGUGAUGCUCCUCGUUCACGAGCCUUUGAAAUGAGACGGCCUAGUUGCAUGACGAUGAUGUAUGCAGUCGAUGAAUGCAGCCUUCAAAGGAUGUAGCCCCAGAAUUGAGACACAGACUCAUCUGCUUCAUGCUGCAGUAUCUGCAGGUAAGCCAUCGACCCAAAGGGCCUCAGGCCUUGUAUAGCACUUAAUACUACUAUUUCACAUCAGGGUAGAAAUGCUUUAUUUUCUCCUUGCUGCUUUCCCAACGUGUAGAUAUGAAGAGAACGAGGUCCAAUUCCUUUUGCUCACUUGUGUGCUGUCCAUGUCAAAUUAAAAAUUCAUUGGUGUUGCAUGUGUCAGCCAUCUUGCAUUGGUGUCCAGUACCUCAGAGCAUCUCUAGCUGCAGCUGGGAGAUUAUGGGUAUCAGCAGGUGGAAACCACAAGAGCUUUGUUCACAAGUUUGGAGUAUCUCUAACAUACUGGUAUUUCAAUUUCAACAGUCAUGCAGUUAUGAGAAUUUGUUUGCUUACAGGUUUAAAGCAGAUGUUAGGGUAUUGAUCUAGGACUUGUAGCUGAUUGUAACUAUAUGCAGCCGAAUUAAAAUUGACAACUUGUCAAGCUGAAAUCUUAUAAUCAUGAUUCCUAAGGUUAUGUGCAAUGUGCCAAGAAAGGACUGUAGGGAAAAAAAAAACAGUGGAUGAUUAAACCAUUGGUUAAGACCAUUUUGAAUCUCUGUACAUGAAAUCAACCUUAUAUAUCUAAUAUAUAUAUUUGCAAAUAUCGAUGUACUUGAGCAUUCCAGCUUUUGCGACUUUGUAUGUUAAUUUGGGUGUACAAUAUAUAUAUAAAUGCUAAUUUUCUAUUUUCUUGAUUGACACAAUGUAUGUGGUUGUUUGAGGUCACGUCUUGUGUGUUUACGUGUGAGAAAAAUAAAUGAGGUACUUGCUGUCACGGGUUUAAA